UGUUCUCACUUCAUUUUAACACAAGGGGACGGCGGCGACACUCUCUAUAUUCCAGUAAGUUCCGGCGGCGGCUAUGACUCCGGUUUCAUCAAAGCUUUACGCAGAUGAUGUGAGCUUAUUGAUGGUUCUGAUUGAUACAAAUCCCUACUUCUGGAGCUUCAUGAAGAAUACUUCCUUCACAUUCUCUAAAUUUUUAUCUCAUGUUCUUGCUUUCUUGAAUUCGAUACUUUUACUGAAUCAGAUGAACCAAGUGGUUGUGAUUGCAACUGGGUACAACUCAUGUAACUACGUAUUCGAUUCGUCUACUGCUUCGAUGCAAAGGGCCGAAUGCUUGUUGGAGAAACUUGAGGAGUUUGUAGAUGAAGAUGAGUUGUUGAGUCAAGAAGACUCUGUUGAUGGAGUUGAAUUUUCACUGCUUUCUGGCUCACUUUCUAUGGCUUUGUGCUAUAUCCAACGGGUAUUUCGUUCAGGGCCUCUUCAUCCACAGCCUCGGAUAUUAUGUCUGCAUGGAUCUCCAGAUGGGCCCGGACAAUAUGUUGCAGUCAUGAAUUCAAUUUUCUCAGCUCAACGUUCAAUGGUGCCCAUUGAUUCAUGUGUAAUAGGAUCUCAGCAUUCUGCUUUUCUUCAGCAGGCUUCUUACAUCACUGGUGGUGUAUAUUUGAAACCCCAAGUAUCAGAUGGACUGUUUCAAUAUCUCUCUACAGUUUUUGCGACCGAUUUACAUUCUCGGGUUUUUUUGCAACUUCCCAGACCUGUGGGAGUUGACUUCCGUGCAUCGUGCUUUUGCCAUAAAAACACGAUUGACAUGGGUUACAUAUGCUCUGUUUGUUUAUCAAUAUUCUGCAAGCAUCACAAGAAAUGCUCAACAUGCGGAUCAAAUUUUGGAGAGGCACGAAAACAGGAUCCCUCAGCCUCGGAUCGAAGGAGAAAUACUCCAGAUUUGAACAGAUAAUCCUACAGCUCAGGUUGCUGCACAACUGUCUUUCAAGAGCUUCUUAUGAUAUAAGCUCCCAGUCCCAUAUAAUGUUAAAGAUGAGUGUAGGCCUUCACUGGGACUCUUAAUGAUGAGAGAGGUUGGAAGGAUGUAGAUUUGUAUUCGGGUCACUUUUGGAAAGAGGAAGGCCGACAAGGAGGACAAGUGGAAAGAGGAAGUUUCCUUGUUGCUGAACCUUUUCCAGUGUCAAGAAUCUCCUUUUCUAGGUGAAGGAAUACAUAGAAUGAUUCUAACGAGCUUGUCCGGAUUUAGUCUUUCAAUAUAAAAUGUUACUGUCCAAGUGAGAAGUUGGAGAUAGAAUUCCAAAACAAGUUAAAAGUUACAAAUAGCAAGUCAUAGUACCGAACAUCAUCCUUCAAAAUUUAGGUCCAUGGUUUCUACUAGUCCUUUGCAGGUGCAUAUAAUGAAAAUUUAAUGGAAUUCGGGACCAAUUUCCCCAGUA